AAGCCUACCAGCACUCCUUAAGAAACCCACCACCAUUACAAAAAUAUACAUAAAUCAUGCCUGGUUGCUGUUGUUAGAACUUAGAACACCCCUACCCUCUACCCCCUACCCCUACCACCCACCCACCCCCAGAGAUAUGAACAAACAUGUUCUUCUACUGUUCAUUUUCUGCAUACCACAUCUAACCAAUGGCAUCGACUUCAAUUAUCCAGCAGUCUUUAACUUUGGAGACUCGAAUUCCGACACUGGCGACCUGGUCGCCGGUGUCGGUGAUAAACUCGAGUCCCCUAACGGUCAGACUUAUUUUAAGGGACCGUCAGGGAGAUUUUGUGACGGUCGUCUUAUCAUUGAUUUCUUAAUGGAUGCUAUGGACUUGCCUUUCCUAAACGCGUACUUGGAAGCUCUUGGUGUGCCAAAUUUCCGCAAAGGAUGCAAUUUUGCAGCUGCUGGAUCGACUAUUUUACCCCCGUCCGUAAACGCAGUUAGCCCGUUUUCAUUUGGGAUACAAGUGGCUCAAUUUUUUCGAUUCAAGAGUCGGGUUCUUCAGUUGCAAGCCAAGUCAAAAAGGUUCAACAAGUAUUUACCUGAUGAAGACUACUUUAGCCAGGGGCUUUAUAUGUUCGACAUAGGCCAAAAUGAUAUUGCUGGUGCAUUUUACUCAAAAUCUUUCGACCAAAUUGUGGCUUCGAUUCCAUUGGUUUUAGCCGAAUUUGAAGCCGGAAUCAAGAAAUUAUAUGAUGAUGGUGCAAGAAACUUUUGGAUUCAUAACACGGGCCCACUUGGAUGCUUGGCCCAAAACAUUGCAAAGUUUGGGACAGAUCCCUCAAAGCUCGAUUCCCUUGGUUGUGUUUCUACACACAACCAAGCGGCUAAUCUAUUCAAUAUACAAUUACAUGCACUUGCCACGAAAUUGCAAGGGCAGUAUUCAGACGCAAAUGUCACUCACGUCGAUAUCUUCAAAAUUAAAUCUAAUCUCAUUGCAAAUUACUCGAAAUACGGUUUUGAACAACCAACGGGUGCAUGUUGUGGGUACGGCGGUCCACCACUAAACUACAACAGCCAAGUGGCGUGUGGCCAAACAAAAACCAUAAACGGUACCUCGAUUACAACAACUGUUUGUAAUGAUACUACUGAGUAUGUGAAUUGGGAUGGAAUCCACUACACCGAGGCUGCAAAUCAACACAUUGCUUCACAAAUACUCACCGGAAAGUUUUCCGAUCCACCAUUUGCUGAUAAAAUGCCGUUUCUUUUAAAUCUCAAGUUUUAAAACCCCAAAUUGUAAUCAAGACGUUAUCAAAUAAACCAUAAAUUUAUCCAAGUUAUAUUUAUAUCUCA